AUAAUGUAGUAAGCGGCCCAACUGAUCAAUUAAAAACAUGGCAUAUCAAAGUGAAGAUGCGUCUCAAAAUUGUUGUGCGGAAUUAUACAUUUGUUUACAGGAUGCGCUUGAUUCUUUUAACAACAGCAUUAACGAAGAACAAGCAUGGGCAGUGUUUUAUUUGUGUGCCCAGUAUUUAGAGCAAAAUUCAAAACAAGAAAUCUACAGGGAUCUUUAUUAUUAUGGAAUUACUGCCAUUCAAAUAUCAAAAGAUGGGGAUUUAAAAGUGGAGGUUAAUUUUAGCCAAGGCACUGGUAAAGGGCCUCCUUCUCCACGUGCCAGACAACCAAUAAUAUGUAAACGAAGCAGUUUCUCUCUGAGCAAAGAAUUCAAGACAGUCAUAACAGAACAAGAUGUGGUUCAAGCGCUGGGCACGGCCAUCUACAAGGCCCUCAACUUCGGGCUCAGUGACAACGAGGAGCCCGACCUGAGUCCUGACCUGGAGGUUCUGAUUGAGUUCCUCACGGACCACCCCACGGACGAUGACGAGGGGAUUGACAUCGAGCGGGACUCUGACAACGACCAGGACAGCCAGGGCAGGGAGCUGACCGUGUUUCAGGAUGUCAUCAACAGAUGCAUACGCAGGCUGUCCAGUCAACAGAAUGCGCAGCUACACUACAAGGCCGUGUGUCGAGCACUGGCAACGGAGGCUUCAGAACUGACCACGUUCCUUGAUAACAUCAAAAAAGGGCAUGCUAAAUUAGUCUCCAAGGAAGAACCAUCAGUGGACGAUCUUGAAAGGUCUGAUUGGGCCAGACUAUGGGUACAGAUCAUGAGACAGUUACGGCAUGGAGUUCGGUUGAAGAAGGUGGACCAGGAUCAUUUACCGCCUGUCGAGUUUGAGCUCACGCCCUUCGAGAUUCUGCUGGAGGAUAUUCGACUGGGUAGAUUCAAGCUCAACAGAGUUUCGGUUAACGCCAGUAUUCCGCCAAAAGUGAAGGACGAUGCGCAUGCUGUGAUACUAGACUUCAUACGGUCCCGCCCCCCUCUGAAACCGGUAAGCAGACGGAAGCUGAACGAUAUUCCUGUACGAGAAAUGGACCCACGUGAAAAACUCAUGUCUGAAAUCAGAAAUAAUCCAGUGAUAUUAAAACCAGUCAAGCAGGGUAAAGUUGUUGUUCGUAAACCACGUUUCACCAAUGAGGACCAUUCUGACGAGGAAUACAGUCCACCUGCACCUACUAGAAAAAUAAUCAAACCCGUCAUGUCCUUCCAGGCUGUGAAUGACUUUACACUGGUUUCUACUGAUGACUCUGACUCUUACGUCUCAGAGACAGACGAGGAAGGUCGACGUCACAUCCAAGGUCCACUUAUCUCCCCUUUGACGUCUCCGGACCAAAAUGUAUCAUGGCAGAGUGCAGUCGCAAGAGACCUUGCUCAGCAUGGUUCAAGCCAGAGUCGAGCAAUUGGCAGACGUCACACAAUAAGCGCAUGCGACACAAAGAAUGGGAAAAAGGUAUCGCCAGUGUCUGCUUCCUCCCAGCAUGCAACUGUCAUGGAAGAUGAUGAGUUUGAUGAGACACCACAAACUAAACAUCGCUUUUCUCGAGAGCAUGUUUCGAGAAGGGUGACCAAAUCCAAGCUUGUAUCGUAUCGACAAAAAGACAGUGGUCACGUGCAUGGCAAUUGUGAUAUUGUUGACAGUAGCAUUGUGCACAAACAUACACAUAAAGACUUACAGCACCAACAACAAAAGCAUUUAAAGCAUGCUGAACAUUGCGUGUUGUCAAAGUCACAAGGCAAUCUUUUAGAGAAUUCUGUUUCAGUGCCAAACAACUUGAGCGAGUUUGAUUCAGAAUACCCUCAGAAACCGAAGCGUAUCACACGCUCUGUUAGUGUUGCGUCGAUUUCUGAACCUCAGUAUUGUCAUUCCCCGGUCCGAUGUAGUUCGCCCAAUGCCCAUGGUGGGAGACCAGAAUCCCCCGUGCGACGGUUAUCGUUGUCGCGCUCAGAAACAUUCACUUGUAGUAUUCCUAGAAAAUCAUCGAAGUCUUGUAAUCGUAAAGAGUCGUUUGUUUCUACGCGUUGUGAUUCCCCGCAAACUCGUGCAUUAAAACAUCAAGACUCGUUGUCUUCUCCAUCUCCACCACCUCAUUGUGAAAGUCCAACUCAUUUGACUCAUUCUCAUAGUUUCAGACAAGUGUCCCCCAGACGACAUUCCGUAAGUGUUGUUUCUCGUGACGUUGAAAGCUCACACCUUGAGCGUAAAACACACCAGCAUCACCAUAGACACUCUGUGCAUGUUUGUAAAAUGCAUGAUCCUUUAUCCCUGGACUCCCGUGCUGCAAGUUUAUCCAAUGUAAGCAAUAAUAUUUCUUCUGAGUUUAGUGCUACAGAUGAGGUUCAGAAGGAAAAUCUGAUCAACAAGGGUGUAUCAACAAAAGAAAGAGCGAAGCCAGUUCGUAGGCAUGCUAGUGUAUCCAGUAUUGCAUGUUUGUCGAAACCAAAGCAUGAUCAUAAAGCAUUAGUUGUCAAUUCAAAACGUUCACAAUCUGUUAACAAACUUGCCUGGGCAGAUGUAAAUAAAAUUGAUAGUUCAGAAAAUUCUGAUGAGGAAACAUUUGUUUCUGAAUCUGCUAUUCAAAUAAAGGACCCUAAAGAGAAAAAUAAACAUAAAGUGGAACCCAAGACUUUGCACCCAGUAGAACCCAAAGCUGAAACAAAAGUUAAAACAGAGCAUACAACUGAAAGUCAAAUUAAACAUGUGAUAAAAUCAAAUAAUGUUUCAAUUGAUAGUAUAAAAGCAAAUAAUAAUAUUUCUGAUAAAAUUGUAACUGAACCUAAAGAAAAUAAGAUAUUUCAUGGUGAACCAUUUUUACAGAGUAGUGAAAAAGACAAUGGUGUUGGUUCCCUCACUAAAUCAAGGGGAAUCAUAAGAGCUAGGUCCCGACCUGAAAUCGGUUCAAUUAGAACACGUCAGACUUUGAAAGAGGAGGAAGAGGAAAUUUUCAAGAAAAUUGAGAAAAUUGGUAAAAAGAAAAUAGAGUCUAAAGAAGAAGUACACGACAAAACUGUUAUCUCAAGAGCUGUAUCCCAAAGGGUGAGGCCUGCAAGUGAGAUAGACUUUGACAGACAGGCUAGAAUGAGAGCAAAAUUAAUUCAAGAGCGCUCCAGUAAUCUGUAUCAGUCCUCCAAUCUAUCAAAGUAUGUGGACAAAGAGGAGUCACAAGCAAUAACUGCUAGGAAAACUGCUGUGCCAAAGUCUAUAAUAAAAAGUUCGAAAACUGCUGAUGACAUAACUGAUGCAAAAUCUGGGGGUGAAUCAAGACAUGAACAUACAGAUGGUCGCAUGAAAAGCAAUGACCAUGCACAAAGUAUGGGUGAUUUAACAAAUGCAAUAACUGAUAAAGAAUUACAAAUGGAAACAGAUUCAAAAAUAUCAAGUGACAACAAAGAUAAUGCAAGUAAACCAAAGAAAAGUGUGCGUUUAUCUAGGCAAGUCGCUGUUAGAACAGAAAGAUCUGAUAUCAGACUUAGAAUUCCUAUUAAACCAGUCCAUGAUGAACAACAUACUGUUGACACAGAGCAAAAUCAAAUUGAAUCAAAAGCAAGGCGCAUUGGUGUGUUUACUCAAGACAAUUUAAGUAAGGUCAAAGUAGAAAAUACUGAAAACGUAUCUGAAUCUGAAAAGAGCCUUGUUAAAAACUCAACAUCAAGUAAAACAGAAAUACUACAAGCUAAACAGGAAGUGACCUCAUCAAAACAGGAAGUAAUGUCACAAAAUAAUGCUACAACUUUUCAUAGGCCAGAAUUCCGUCCUCUGCGAAGAGUGAUGCGUUCUAGCUCAGAAGUGCGUCCGAGAUUUGAGACAAAACCGGUGAAAGGCUCACACAAUCUUUCAGUUGACUUUGAAAACCACAGUAACGGAGACAGCCCAGACAAACAUGUGUUAAGUCCUCCGCCUGAAUUCAGAGACCCAGUGGACUCUGACGCAACCUCGAGCAGUACAGACCCGGACUUGAAGGUUGAAAGCACCAUUGACAAUAUUCCCGACGUCAUAAAAACGAGUAAGGCUGAGUUUAAGGUGGCCGAUCUGCUGCAUGUAAGUUGGAAAUGCGACGCCUCCCCUGAGCAUCUUGCUACUAACUCCUCCCCCACUUCCUCCACGUCUGAUUUCAGAAUACCCGCCUCUCACAAGUGGCAGAACCCGAUUGAGUGUUUGUCCUUGACCCUUGAAGAGGUCAUUCACAUUCGCACUGUGCUGACAAAGGCGGAGCUCGAGAGCCUGAUCAUGAACCCUGACCUUUAUACGAAGGUCGGCAAAGGAAAGAUUUGUUUCACAUGCAAGAAGACAGAGUUCAAGUUCUUUAAAUGGGGAACCAAGUGUAAAUUCUGUGGUCGCUCUGUUUGUAACUACUGCCUAAAAAAGAUGAGUGUCCCAACGGAACAUUUUGAGAAAAUCCCUGUGUAUACGCUAAGCCCCGUACCUUUGAGUCCCGAAGUUCUGGAGGCACUUAAGGUGUAUGAGAGCACCGGAUCUGUACCACAUAGUCCAGCCACUGAUCGCAAAUCCCGGAACGAGGCAGACCAACAGAUCAAUGGUUCCGAUUCAGACUUGUCACCGGCUUCCAAGGAAGAGGACAGAUCUACGAGUAGGCGCCGAAGUCUCCAGCGGUCGCACACCAUCGGCAUCGGCGAGACAAGACCACCACCCAAUAAGGCACUUCUUCAAGGUCCACAGGUCAGCAUUUGCUGCGACUGUAAGUCCAUGGUCAUGGAGAUAAUCCGAGCCAGUCGAUCAUCUGUUUCUCAUCUGAGCCGUAGAUCCAUUGAGGUGAAAACUGGGUCAACAACGGAAAACAAGGACUCAGGUAGCAACUCUGCAAGAGGGAGUGUGGUUCUUCGGCCAAGAAAAUUGGAGCUGGGUGAAGAACCACCUAGACCGCGAUCAAUGCUGGCGAAUAUUAAUUUUAAGUCUUUCAAUUUGUCGUCAAAGUUUGGGACUGACUCAUGAGUGUGAAUGAUGUUGCAAUAUAUUUUGUUCUCUUAGUGACCAGCUAUCAUUUGUAAGCGAGGUAAAUGAAAGUAUUGUCAUCUGUCCACAACCCUUCUUUAAUCCAUAUUUCUUUAACAUAUAUAUAAUAAAUAGGUUUCUGUGACAUUUGCAUUUGCAAAGUUACUUACGAAUAUUCUGACUAAUGUUAUUCUUCAGAUAAAAAAUUUCAAAAUGAAUCUUUAAUAAACAACAUUGCAUCCCACAUGGUGGUAUUAUAUUGGAUUAGUUGUCUGCCUAGCAAUCAAGAGGUCCUGUAUUGGAUAGUACCAUAGUACCAGGGCUCGUAUUUACCAACCAUCAUAUGUCUGAAAAUAAAAAAUAUUCUUAAAACUGUAAUAUGUGUCGCGUUCUGGGAAAAUUGGGCAUAAUGCAUGUGCGUUAACUGUCCUCCCAGAUUAGCCUGUUCAGGCUAAUCAGGGACAACACUUUCCGCUUUUAUGGUAUUUUUAGUUUCAAGGAAGUACCUCCUUACCGAAAAUCAAGUUUAGGCAGAAAGUGUUGUCCCUGAUUAGCCUGUGCAGACUGCACAGGCUAAUCUGGGACGACACUUUAUGCACAUGCAUUAUGCCCAGAUUUCUCAGAACAAGGCUCAUAUACUAAACAUUCCUGAAAGUCAAGUCCAGCAUGGUGGUUUAUAAUCUUUAAUUGUAUACUCAUUUAUUAAGAACAAUAUGUUCAUGAAAUAAGCACUAGUUUUAGGAUGUUUAUAUGCAAACUCAUUGGUAUAUUUAUGAAAACUUAAUCCUGUCCCACUCAGAAGCAAAGUGAAAAUGGUUAUGUGCAAACAACAUAAAACCAGAACAGCCUGCAACUAACUCGCAGUCUGUUAAGCUUUUAUGCUGUUUGCAGCUUAUCAGUAUCUUAAUGUUGGAAUUGAAGCCUUAAAAAUUUGAAUCUAGUAAGAAAGGUCUUAAAUUAAAUUGAACUUUCUAAGGGACAACAAAUGCGUCAAAAUACUUAUCUAAGUGGUAAAGGGUUAAUACUGUUCUUUAUUUUUAAGUCUAAGAAUGGGUAAGUGAAUACGGGCCCAGUUCUCCUUGUGGAGAGAAUCUCAGUUACCUAGAAGUUAAAGAUAUUUUGUUUGUUUUUUAACAAUUUCAGAUUUAACAAAAAUUGAAAACAAAAAAUAUCAAUACAAAUAUGCAAAUCAGCAGAAAAAGUAUUUUAUCUUUAUGUGAUAUGUUAUGAGAUUGCUAAAAGGUAUAACAGAUGUUUUUGUUUAUAAACAAAUAUACCGGUAUUGCUGUAAGUAGGACACAAUGUGACCCAAACACUUAGAUCAUUAACUGUCUGUUUAUAAAUUUUUACAAACACACAUGUUUGCUUGAAAAAAUUGUUAAUAUGAAUAUGCAAUUCGUUGAUAUUGUUAUAUGAACUAUAUAAUUGUUGAUUUGUUACAAACGGUUGUUGAGUCUUUAGCCAAAGAUAUCUAUCUGCAAUAAUAUUUUCACUGUUCCUGUUGUUCAUGAUUUUAUAAUUUAACAAAUUUUAAAAUAGUGAUAUAUAUUGAUGAUGCAUUUAAUUAUUGCAUUUAUGAAAGAGAGAUAUGUGUUGAUACUACAUUUAGUUAUUGCAUUUACUGUCUUAAUUGUCGUCCUUAAAUAGAUUUUAAAAAUCAAUAAAUAAAAAGGUAAAGAGUUUGUAUUAAGAGAAUUCUGGCUCUUUGGUCACCUAAUAUCAGCUCAGAUUAGUUUUUAAAAGCUACUCCGAAUGUCUCGAUAACCAGCCUCAGUGUUUCUGUUUCAUCUGAUAAAAUGUUUUAUUUCAUCUUUUGUAGUGUUUUAUUUCUUUUUUUAUAGUGUUUUAUUUCAUGUAAAAUAGAACAUUAACAAUUAAUUUAACAACACAAAAUUACAAUGAUAAUGAUCAUCUUAAACACAAUUUUAAUUGAAUAUAUAAUUUGUGUUAACAACAUUUGUAUACCACAUUGAAAUUGGGCUAUGCUCUGUGAAAAAGGGGUUUAAUGCAUGUUUGUAAAGUGUCGUCCCAGAUUAGCCUGUGCAGUUUGAAAUAUCUUGAUUAGGGCUAAUCUGGGACGGCACUUUACGCACAUGCAUUAGAUUCCCUUUUCACAGAGCACAGCUCAAUUAAAAAACGUUAGCUUACUUGUAAUCUUCUCAACUAAAAACAGUUUUAAUAUAUUCUAGAAAUCGGUGCAAGUUGUCUAUUGAUUCUUAAUAGUCAAGAACUAUCUCCUUUUUCUGAUACAAUUUUAGCAGCCAUUAUUGGUAGUUAGGCCAAUAUAAUAAGUUGUUUGUUUCCAUUAAAAUCUCCAAGAAUUUAGUGAAUAUAGGUGGACCGGCCUUACUUGUUGUUUUUUUCCGUUAACACACAGAUAAGAAUGUUAAAUGAGAGAAAUAUUCCAAAUAUCUUUUUUGACCCUUUCCCCCAUUAGAAGCAAAGUGAAAAUGGCUUUUGCAAACAGCAUACAACCAGAACAGCCUGCGAGUAACUCACAGUCUGUUCAGGUUUAAUGCUGUUUGCUGCUCAUCAGUAUCUAAGGUUUGGAGACGAAGCCCUAACAACUUGAAUCUAGUAAGAAAGGUCUUAAAUUGAAUAUAACUUUCUGAGGGAAAUGCGUGAAAAUACGUAUCUAAGUGGUAUAGGAUUAAAUAUCUUGUUGAACACAUGAAAAAUUAAGAACCAAAGGUUAGGGUUGGUCAGGCUAUUGGAAACAAACAACUCUUUGUUUCAACAUUAUUCACGUUUUGUAGUCACACUAAAUGAAAAUAAAUAAUCAUAAUUUAGAAGAGAGUUGAUAGUUACCAUCUUAACAGUAAUGCAUUUUAAGUGUUGCUUUAUUUUAUUCAAAUUAACCAGUCUUGCAAAGUAAGCAUUCAGUAGGUUAAUUACCCUGAUUAAGUUAUUUGAAGGUAUUUGUAAUGGCAAAUCGGAGACGUUGUUGUUUGUAUACCGGAUAAUCUUUGUCCAAAAGAAAGGUUGUGUUUAUAUUUAUGCCUGAAUAUAAAAUGCUGAAAAUAGAUACUAACAAAAAUAA